UCGAUCCUAUUCAAAUUCUCUCUCUUUGCAUUGGAAGUACGUGUAUAUUUAAGUGCAUUAUUAUUUAUUUAGGCCAUGUGAACUUUGAGUCACGAUAAACUUUUAAGUACUCCAUUCGGCUCAGAUUUAUGUAUAGGAAGUCAUGUGAUGUUUAUAUGUCGAUGUAUUUCUCACUGAAAUUCUAAAAUAGGAUUAGGACUUUUGCCCUAAAGAAGCAAUCAAAUAUGCAGUAACUCACGAGACAAAGUACGUGUACACGUAAAGGAGCCAGUAAAUACUAAUAUCGGAGUAAACGUUGUUUCAAAUGCGAAUUUAUUAAGAUUUCAUGCAGAUACAAAGGAGCUGAGCCUAAAAUACUUCAUAACCAAAUUCAUAAACAUCGUGUUGAAUUGAACUGAGGAAUGCAACAUUGCAUUUGAUAAAUAACAUGGGAGGGUGCUGCCCAGGAAGCCAGGAGAGUGGCCAAGGCCCCUCUGAGAGAACGAGCCUAUUAAGCGGGGGUACAAAGACAAUAGAGACACAGCCCGGUAGACCUCGAGGUAUAUCUGUAGAUGAUGAUGAUAGAUCAGGAAGCGUCAGUAGUGUUUCGGCAAGAAAGCAUAAACCAUCGGAUGUGAGAUAUACAAAGUCAAGCAGGACAGAUAUAAAAGCAGGGGAUAUUGUGGAGAUAGACGUGAACAAAACCAGUGUUGACAACGUUGACAAACGAUUGGAGGAUCAUGCCAACCUCUUCAACUAUCACUUGGCCAGAUACAGAUCGUUGCAUAAAGAGGUCGUUCAUUUCAAGUCUGUUGUAAGCAGCGACGAUGCGGAAAUCAGUAUUAAAGAAUGUUUCAAGGACAUCAGGAAUAGACUAGGCACCGAGGUGGAUGUGAGUGUAAAGAGAAAGUUCAAAUACUGCAUGGAGAUAGAAUACGAUCCAAAGAAAAUAGUCAACAACCACAUAAUUGAAGCGUUCGAACACUUCAACAAGGCAAACAAACUAAUUCGUGAGAUUAUUGAGAAAGGCCCCCCAUUGGUGAACUCUGUGGAACUUGUCAUACAAGAAGACUCUCAACUGCGUAGGGAUAUCUUGGUCGCUAGCCUUGGUGAUGAUGGCCCGGAUGCGGUGAAGUCUUGUAUGGAGAAUAUUGCGCAGCUAAAAAGAGUUCCUAUAUUUGUGGAUACAAUCAAGAAAGAGACGUUGAUCCUGUUUGAGGAAUUGAUGAAUGGAGCUACUAUUUUAUUGGAAAAAGAGGAAGAAAUAAUGGCAUAAUAAACAUUAUGUAUACAUUUUGGACAUGUGAAUGGCAAUACGCAUAUAUACUCUGUAUAUGUAUGCCCUGAGAUAAUUUGUGGCUUCAUGAUGUUAACUUACCCGAAGCGUCAUCUACUAGGCUCUGUAUCUGAAAUGUACGUUAUAGUUAUAAUCCUAGUAUAGUUUAACACAUAAACACAGUUUCUUCAUUUAGAUGGCGCUUUCUCAGUGGUGACAAUAGCACUGGAGAUGUAUAAAUUACUGUAUGCCGUCACCAACUAGUAAUACUGACAAGGAUACCAGUUCUUUGGACUCACGAGAAUUGAAAGCAAUGAAUUCAGUAUUGUUUCUAUUGUAAGCCAGUUUUAUUUCCGCUCGACACGCUGGUUCUGAUACAGAGAAUAAAGUAAAUGAGUGACAGCAUCCUUCAGCACCAGAAUUCGCUGCUUCCACAAACACUGCACAUGUCUAACAGGCCCGUAGCCAGGAUUUG